UUACCUUAAGAAUCGCCGGCACCAAGUCCAACCCACGAUCGUCAACAUGAGCGGUACCCGCGUUCCCCAAGGAUACUGGGUGUGCGAUUCGUGCCACAGCCCGAACAGGACCGACUACUACCCUCGACAAUGCCCCUGCGGCCAUUGGCGCGACGACUGCUGCUACGAAGCCGGCUCCCUUCUCCCCUCGCCAGGAAAUCGCUACGCUGCAGCUGGCACUUGUACUGGUAACGUCAAUCUUCCUCGCCCUCGCCCCAGCGAUGCUUGGUACUGCCCAAAUUGCCGCGCUGCUAACUCGGGACUUACGCCUGACUUUUGUCCCGUAUGCGGCUAUCGGCGUUAGAGUGGGCGUAUGGCUGCCAAUUUGUCUCGCUGCUCGAUGUCUUGGGAUGAGUAGCGCUGGGGCUGUCGAGUCCGGCUCGGUCCUAACGGCACAAGGGCCGGAGGAGGUGGGCUUUCUGAAGCGUGUGGUUGACCGAUUGCGUCUUGUGACACGGGGUCGGUAUUUCAUUACUUUCUUUCUUUCUUUCAGCUCUUUUCAGAUUUCUUUCUUUACCUGUCGCUCUCUCCAUCUUGUCUUUUUCGUCUUAUUUCCCUUAGGUCCGAUGCCUUUCUCUCCUACUGUCGUUCCUUCUGUCAACUGUCUUAUUGACUUCCCUGUUAUCUAUCCUUCUCUCUCUUCUUUCCCAUCUAUAGUCUCUCUUUAUACCCCCUCUUCUUCCUUCCCUUCCCUUCUGCUUCUUCGUUGGCGUUUCUUACCCUUCUCUUCUGCCUCGGCUUCGGUUAUAGACCUCUUAGGGCUUAUGUAUCCCUUACCACACUCGUUCUUUUGGGAAUUCCUUAUGUCACAUUCCUUCUUUUCCAUUAGCGUGUCUUACCCUUCUCUUCUCUCUGGGCUCUUGUUAUAGACCUCGUAAGGGCUUAUCUCUUACCAACUUUUUGAGAAUUCGUCAUGCCACUUCACGAGUCACGACUCCCCUUUCCAAUAGAAGUCUGUCGCUUCUAAUUACAUAGAAUAGCAAUUAGCUUUACUAUUUACAUUCUGAAGAUUUAUCCUAGACUACACGGAUGCUUAUAUACCUGCAUUACUGAUCUCUCUGCAUACACUCUAGAUGUAUAGAUACAUCAUAUAAAUUCUUCUCCUCCUUUCGAGUCCGAAUUAUAGAAACAAAAUCUUUAGCAAGAGCAACAUGAAACCUCAGUAAUAAACCCAUGACCGCCUAUCAUGCCUGCAUGAGCU